AUGGAACCAGCUGAUGAUGAAUUUGACAAUCCCAAUUCAAACAGUGUCAAGCUCCCAGUGGAAGACUCAGUUCCGGACGAAGACUUCCUCCCAAUUAGGGAGGCCUCUCCUAAUGAUGAUCCUAGGUUGGAAAUGCAACCUCUAGCCCGCCCUGAGACGGAAACGCUGCCCCGCAACUUCACUGCACUUUCCGAAGAGUUUAUCCAGCCUCACGAUGACGGAUCAGAACCGGUUAGACACAAGCGGGCAUCAAACCCCAUUACCAACUUUGAGAUGUAUAUGGCAAUGUGGUGUGAGAAGUACUCCAUCCUAGGUGAUGCUUACACUGGACUUCUUGAGGGAUACAAACUUGUUGAAUCAAUGGAGAAUCUUAUGAAUCUUCCAAAGGACGUGAGAACACUCAAGAAAAGACUUGUUUCACAACUGCCGCUCAUUUCACAACGACACAAACUGAUAGAUGUCAACCAGGAGAAGUUACCCACGAUGUCUCCAGCAGAGAGGUCACAGGCAGCACAGAAGAGGAGAGCCAACAUGCAUUAG